AUGGAGAGCAGUAGUAAGGUCGGGUCGCGAGAUGUGUUCGGCCAAGCCGCGGCCCCGCGAAAGGAGCUCGAUCCCGUCAAGGCGCGGCGGCGGUCGAGCAGCGAUUGGAGCGACGGAGCGAACCCAGUGGGGAUCCUGGACGACAUCGGCGAUCUGUAUGCGACGAAUGACGACGACGCUGCAGGUACCGUGCGCGUAAAUGCACAGCGUCGUGACUCCCUCCCGCGAGUAACUGGCGACACUACUGCCGCUAUUCCCCGCGGGGGCUCGGCGGAACUCCCGGCCCUUACAGCGCAAGCCCCCGCCAGGCCUACCGGCGUCCCGCGACAGGCGGGUGCGACAUCUGACGCACGCGCUGGUCGCCGCCGAUCGUUCGACGGACAGAUUGACCGGCUGAAGAACUCCGCCAUUGGGGGCGGAGGCGGCACGGGCGCCGUCGGCUCGCCUGUGUGGGCGGCGGAAUGCGGGGAUCUGUACGGCAGCGAGGAGGGCGACCACGUGCCGAUCACGUGGCAUGGCGACGACGAAGAUGUGAACGCACCAGCAGGCGGCGAUGGAUUCACCUCCGCCAGCAGCGUCGAGGCCUUGCAAGCAAAGGCGCGCGCGCCGCCGCCCACUGGUAGGGGCUCCGUGCAUGCGAACAGGGCCUCCGCGAGUCGGUCCGCCCCGCGCGCGCAAAGGGGCGCGGUAGAGCAGCAAGAGGCGGCGUGGCUUCCGCCUCGCGCGGCGAAAAAGCCGCCGCGUUUGGAGGACGAGGAUGAGGACGGCGCAGGGAGCGACAGCGGCGGUAGCGGUGGCGGCGGCAUGGUGGUUCGGCGUCAUACCGUGGGCGUGGACGGCCGGGAGAGGCGGGCUGCGAGUACGGGCAGGGCGAGAACGGCGCGGAGCGGAAUCGGCAUGCUGGAUGACGUGGCGUUGAGGAAUAACGCGCAAUCGACGUCGCGGAAUGCGGGUGUUGUGGCGGCGAUGGUUGCCGGGGAGGAGGAAGGGGAGGACGACGGGGAGGAGGGGGAAUGGAGCAGUCCCGAGCGCACUCUGCGCCGAUCGACCACUGUUGACAGCGCGGCGCGCCGUCGCCCCGCGGGGGGCUGGAAAGGGAAAGGCGGAAAGAAACCGCCCGCGCCGGAAUCCGGCGGGUCCCCGUCCUUCGGAAGUGUGCGUGCGGGGGCUGCGCACGCGCGGACGGGCUCCGCGGGGAGCGUGGGGCACGGAGGCAGUUUGGACUGGGAUGUGGAAGACCAGCAAGCGCCGCCGCCGCAGGCGCAGGCGCAACGUCUAUGGGCGGAAGGGGGAGAGGGAGAUCAGCAGUGGAUGCAGCGGCAGCCUCCGCAAUGCAUCAAGGCGGCGCUGCGCGCACGGGUGGUCGGGCGUCUCGGUGGCAAUUCCGCAAGCAGCGCAAGCGGCGCUGUCGGCGCCGCUUGUGGAAGGCCGUUUUUACCUGCGGGCGGUGCGCUACCUCCCCAUGUUCCGCCGAACUGGGCGGCGGGUCCAUAUCCCCCUUCCGCCUCCGCCACCACUAGCUUCAUCCUCUCCGCCCCCGCCGGGCCUGUUGCGCUGUCCGCCCUCCGCGCGCGCGCGGAGGCUGCGGGGAGCAAGCAGAGGCGGGGAGCGGGCGCGGGGAGACCAGCGGGUCGAGCGGGGGAGGGGGCAAAGGAGAGCAGCGGGAGGGGGAAGCCCGGGCCAGGGUCAACACGGGGUAAGGUGUCGGAGAGAGUAGCAGUUGGGAAUGGCGUGCAACGAGUGUACUUAAACUGA